CACUCGCGCGCACCGACCGACGACACCCCCCGCGCGCGCACACGCUCGCCCGGGGGACGGAGCCCCAGCCUCCUGAGCAGCUCUCCUCGGCCGCCGGGGGCCUCCUCCGGGCCUCCAAGCUCCCCGGAUCGCCGGCCACAUCUGGCCGGCACCUCUGCCCGGCGCGCUCCGGGCGGCGCAGGCAUCCUGAGAGGGCGACGAGUCCAGGCACAGCCCGCGGUCCCCGAGGCUCGGUUCGCGGCGCCCCAGGGGCCGGUCUAUGACGAGCGACGGGGGCCACCAUGGGUCGGGGGCUGCUCCGGGGCCUGUGGCCGCUGCACAUCGUCCUGUGGACGCGCAUCGCCAGCACGAUCCCGCCGCACGUUCCCAAGUCGGAUGUGGAAAUGGAGGCCCAGAAAGAUGCACCCAUCCACCUAAGCUGUAAUAGGACCAUCCACCCACUGAAACAUUUUAACAGCGACGUGAUGACCAAUGACAACAGCGGUGCAGUCAAGCUUCCACAGCUGUGCAAGUUUUGUGACGUGCGAUCGUCCACUUGUGACAACCAGAAGUCCUGCAUGAGCAACUGCAGCAUCACGGCCAUCUGUGAGAAGCCGCAUGAAGUCUGCGUGGCCGUGUGGAGGAAGAAUGAUGAGAACAUUACACUGGAGACAGUUUGCCAUGACCCCUCACUCACUUAUCACGGGUUUACCCUGGAAGACGCUACUUCUCCCAAGUGUAUCAUGAAGGAAAAGAAAAGGGCGGGUGAGACGUUCUUCAUGUGCGCCUGCAACAUGGAAGAGUGCAAUGACCACAUCAUCUUUGUCGAAGAUUACACCACCAGCAGCCCCGACCUGCUGCUGGUCAUCAUUCAGGUGACCGGCGUCAGCCUCCUGCCUCCACUGGGGAUUGCCAUAGCCGUCAUCAUCAUCUUCUACUGCUACCGCGUCCACCGGCAGCAGAAGCUGAGCCCUGCCUGGGAGAGCAACAAACCGCGGAAGCUCAUGGAGUUCAGCGACAACUGCGCCAUCAUCCUGGAGGAUGACCGCUCCGACAUCAGCUCCACAUGCGCCAACAACAUCAACCACAACACGGAGCUGCUGCCCAUCGAGCUGGACACGCUGGUGGGGAAGGGCCGCUUUGCGGAGGUCUACAAGGCCAAGCUGAAGCAGAACACCUCCGAGCAGUUCGAGACUGUGGCCGUCAAGAUCUUCCCGUACGAGGAAUACUCUUCGUGGAAAACGGAGAAGGACAUCUUCUCGGACAUCAACCUGAAACAUGAGAACAUCCUGCAGUUCCUCACGGCCGAGGAGAGGAAGACGGAGCUGGGCAAGCAGUACUGGCUGAUCACAGCCUUCCACGCCAAGGGCAACCUGCAGGAGUACCUCACGAGGCACGUCAUCAGCUGGGAGGACCUGAGGAAACUGGGCAGCUCCCUGGCGCGGGGCAUCGCUCACCUCCACAGCGACCACACUCCAUGUGGGAGACCCAAGAUGCCCAUCGUUCACAGGGACCUCAAGAGCUCCAACAUCCUCGUGAAGAAUGACUUGACCUGCUGCCUGUGUGACUUCGGGCUGUCCUUGCGCCUGGACCCUACUCUGUCUGUCGAUGACCUGGCCAACAGUGGGCAGGUGGGAACUGCAAGAUACAUGGCCCCAGAAGUUCUAGAAUCCAGGAUGAAUUUGGAAAACGUGGAGUCCUUCAAGCAGACAGAUGUCUACUCCAUGGCUCUGGUACUCUGGGAAAUGACAUCCCGCUGCAACGCCGUGGGAGAAGUGAAAGAGUAUGAACCCCCGUUCGGUUCCAAGGUGCGGGAGCACCCCUGUGUGGAGAGCAUGAAGGACAAUGUCCUGAGGGACCGAGGACGGCCAGAAAUCCCCAGCUUCUGGCUCAACCACCAGGGCAUCCAGAUUGUGUGUGAGACGCUGACCGAGUGCUGGGACCAUGACCCUGAGGCCCGCCUCACAGCUCAGUGUGUGGCUGAGCGCUUCAGUGAGCUGGAGCACCCGGACAGGCUCUCCGGGAGGAGCUGCUCCCAGGAGAAGAUUCCAGAAGAUGGCUCCCUGAACACUACCAAAUAGCUUUUUCCGGGCAGACGGGGCCAAGCCUCCAGAAGCUGUCCUCGAAACCAAAGACCAGAGGCACCAGAAUGCUUUUCUGACUGAUGCUUCUCCAAAACCAAGGACUUGCUCCAUUCUUCCCCAGUAGCUGUUCCACAUUCAGAAACAGCUGCAGCAGCGGCAGCAGCAGCAGCAGGGGAUGAGUGACAGAGAACAUUCUAUGCCUUGGAUGUUGUCAUGGCAUAAGCUGUGCUAGCACUUCCUCAGGAAAUGAGAUUGAUUUUUACAAUAGCCAAUAACGUUUGCACUUUAUUAAUGCCUGUAUGUAAAUACGAAUAGCUAUGUUUUAUAUAUCUAUAUAUCUAUAUGUCUAUAUCUCUCUACAUAUAGCCAUACUCUGCAAGGAGACAAAGAAAAAGAUCAAAUGCUCUCAGAAAAUUAGUUUUUAUUGAGGAGCUCCAGAAUGGAGCAGAAGGGACUUGGGACAGUGUUAGCACUUGACAAUCACACACACACACACACACACACACACACACACACACACACACGAUGGUCUCCUGACUGCAGGGUGGAGGAGACAAUUGUGUGAGAAGGAUCCACGCCUUGCAGCCUGCUUUGGCCACAAACACUUUGUUUCGCAAUAAUUUCCCUCCACACUAGGCUGCUUUUCUGGCCAAGGAGCUAAGUUCCAACCCACCACUCUGUCCCAGGGUGUCCCAUGUGCCUUUGCUUGUCUUGAUUUUAGCUUUGUCAUUCAAGCUCCACAUCUGAUUUGUGAACCUUUUGACUUAGCCUAGAAACUUGGUCCCAUCUCUCCGCUUUCACAGACCACCAAAAUCAAAGAGGACAGUUUCCACCCAUGAAAUUGCCCCACUAUCUACGAAUAAUACUGUGUUCUUUGAUUUCUUCCUAUCCCCGAGUUACUAUUAUUGGCUCUCAGCCAUUGUCCCUUUUUAAAUGUGGCACACCCGAAGCCCAACCCCUGUGGCUCGUCGUAUUUAAUUUUGGUCACUCUCCUAUUGGAGCUUCCAGCUUGCCAUGGCAACUUCCAUCUUCCCAGGCCCCCAAAGAGCAGGCAGGAUUUGUAUGACACUGUACAACUAUCGCCAACACUUUGAACCCUUGGUUUGCUUGGUCAGCACUCUCAGGUCUGAGAGUUAGUGAAGCUUCUCCUGGUAAGGACAGGAGGUGGGGCCCAGCUCUUCCCCCAGGUGGCGUCAAUUACAGCAGGCGGCAUGGACUCUGUUCCCCAGCUGCUUCACUUCUCGAGCUGAGCACUGUCUUCCCGUUACCCGCACCCACCCCAGUCUGGAAAUGAAAGUUGUUUCUAGACAAGAAUCCUCUGUAAGAAAUGUGCACUGGUGAGCCCAAAGAGUUAGUACAGCAAGUAGAAAUGCUUGCCACCCAAGAAAGGAGACCUGAGUUCAAUCCCCCAGAUCCCACAAAAAAAGCGCCAUGUUCAGUGGAACACACUUGUAAUCUCAUCCCUGCAAGCUAGGAAGACUUCCCCCCAAAGGAAGGUGAGCGGCUUCCUGAGGACCAGCACCUGACAUUGACCUCUGGCCUCCAUCACACACGCACCCACGUGCACUCACACACACACACACACACACACACAGGAUAGAAAUGGGCGUUCAUGUCACCUCGCUCUGGUGACAGAUUGGACUGCACAGACCUCUCGUGUUACGAUUUGAAGCUGACCGUGAGCUGGACCUCAAGGGACCUCCUGCGUAUGACUCUCAUUAGGUUAAUACUCUUUUGUAUACAUAAUAAGUCCCAUCUGCCUGUGCAAGAAAACCUCUCUGCUCUAGGAGUCUUUCUUUAUAGGGCUACUGGUGUCUUCAUUGCCCUAACCUUUGCAGGAAUUAAGAGCGGGUAUUUGAAUAGGGGACACGUGAGAGUCCCGCGUAGAGUCAGGAAUCUAUGCCUGCUUGGAUGAGAGCAAAGAGCAAGCUUUAAUAGGAAGCUUGUAAAUCCACCAACAGAUGUGGAUCUCGCAAGCAACAGUUUCUAUUUUUUUUUUUUUUUAAUGUGGUUUGAAGCUACUUAUUUUCAACCAAAUAGGAACAUGAUUGAAGGACCAUCGAGGACCAUCUUUUGUUUUGUCUGGACCAUGGAAGGCCUCAGCUCACAGAGGAUUUUAGGAUGCAUGGUCAAGUUGGGGACAAGACAGAAAGGAUAGGCGCUCUUUCCCAUGGACCUGUGCUGUGAACACACUUGGUGGAGGCCCCAAAUCCACUCGCACCUUAGGGCUUGCCAGUCCCAUCCCAGUAGUUGUUGUACACUGCCCUCUAGUGGUGAAUUUACAGAAUACUGGCCCACUGGUGGGAUUUCUAGGGUUCAAAGGUGAUUUCACUUCCGGGUCAUCAUCAGAAACUGGACCGUGGUGUCAUGUUACCGUGGCUUGUUUGUUUAUGUCACUUUUUUUUUUCUUAUUCAAGAAAAAGACCAAGGAAUAACAUUGCUGUCAUUCCUAAAAAAUGUUGACCUCCAUUCGCUAUUCUGCCUAAAGGGAAGGUUUUACUCUUACUGAACACUUCAGCCAUACUCAUGUAUUAAAAUAGGAAUGUGAAUGCACAAUAUUCUUUUAUAUCAAAACCUAAAGCACUUAUUUUCAUUCUGUGCGGUGUUUGUCUUUUAUAUAAAUAAAAAGAAAUGUCUGGUAGAUCAAAUAAAUCAAAAGUCUGCAGAUGAA